UCUUCACCGCAACCCGAGAGCUGCUGCUGCUACCGCCGCCGCCGCCGCCGCCUGGGCCUCUCCCCGUGCACUCACAGCAGUUGGCUGCCGCCCUCGGCCGAGAGACUCUUCCAGCCGCCGCCGCUCGCUAAGAAGCCAGAAAGAGGGCCUCGCGCUCGGGAGUCGGUGGAAGGCGCCCGUCUCUUCCGCUUGCACACUCUCCUCCCCUCUCUCUCUCCGCUUCUCGGGUCCACAAUGGCGGACAGGCUCCCUAGUCUCACUUCCGCUCUGAGCCUCCCUGACCUUCCGCUCUCCACUCUGACGUCCGCGCUCACCUCGCUCUUCCUCCCCCACCCUCCCGCCACAGGCCUUGGCUCCGCCUCCGCACCCUCACGUGAUCUGAGAUGGGCCCGCGCGGCCGACCCCUCGGCGCAUGCGCCGCGUACGGAGGGCGGUUGUGCGGCUGCGAGCGCCGGCUCUCUGAGACGACUCGGUGCCUUUCUUCUGUCGCGCUCGGAGGUGGCAGGGCGCGCGUCGGUACAGACGAAGAUGCUGAAUUAUUCAAUAAAAUUUGAUAUGAGUUCUGUGGUUCUCAUAGAGCUUCUCAUUGCCUCAGAAACAAAGUCCAAAUUCCUUCGUGGGACAUUCCAGGCCUGUCACCAGCCUCUUAGCCCUGAGUCCGUCUGCUCCUUCCGUGUUCUGACAGGUACUUGUGCAGUGGAGACCUUGCAACCUUUACUUCCUAGACUCCCUCGGCAGCUGGCUUCUAGUGGCUUCUACCAAAGAGAUACUACUGAAAAACAGGCAGAUGGGGGUAGAGGAAGAGAGACUCCCUUGUUCUCCAUCGUAUCAGUAUCCCUGCAGCAGCAGCAGUCGGCUGUGGAAGAGUGUCUUUAGUGGCACCAUCACCCACUGGGCAAAGCCUCCUCUUCAGUCUUAGCCUCAGCCCUGAAACCCCAGUCCACGGCCCUAACACCUGCGAAGGGCCCCUUCCCUAUGAUUCCAGCAGUGACGUGGCAACACCUCAGCUCCUCAGUGGAUACAGCACCAGGGAGAGGACCCCUCCUCUGAGAACAGCCGAGGUGGCAUGUCCCCAUAGUUCUGUGGUGUCUGUGGUGACACCACCUAGUCCCUUUAUUCCUCCAGUUUUAGGGGUGGUAGGUGCUUCCUUCAGUUACUAAUUUCUGGAUUUCUUUUCUACGUAAAUUUUUUUCCUAGAUUUAUUGAGAUAUGAUUGACAUACAGCACUGUAUAAGUUUAAGGUGUACAGCAUAAUGACUUGACUUACAUAUGUUAUGUAACAAUUACCACAAUAGGUUUAAACAUCUCAUAUAGACACAAAUGAAAAAAGGAAAUAUUUUUUCCCUUGUGAUGAGAACUCUUAGGAUCUAUUCUCUUGGCAACUUUCAAAUACACCACACAGCAGUGUUAACCAUAGUCAUCAUACUGUACGUUAUGUUACUUCAUUCUUGUUCUUACUUUCUCAGUUUUUCCAACAGUCGUGCAAGGAAUAAUCUGCAUUAAGUUGCCUAUAUUUGAAAUGCCUAGAGUAAUGUCCGUUUUCCUAACUGGUCCCUGACAUCACCCAUCACACCUGCUUAAAUUCCACUGGCCAGAAUUCAGUCAUGUUUCACCCAACUCAAGAGGAGGUGUCCUGGGAGAUGUGGUCUAACUGCUCCCAUGUCCAAAGAGAACACGGAUCAAGGUGGUCCUGCUACCAGCUGGUACCAGUGGUCUUUCCCACAUUGCCUAGUGAGGCACAGAGUAAGUUAACUAUGAUGCAAAAACUAGACAGGACAUUUUAAAAAAACCAAAAGAGGUAUAAUUGUCUAAAGAAAAUCUAGGUAUAUAUAACAAAAGACCUGAAAUGAGCUUAUUUUUGAAUUGGACAUUGAGUGUAGCUCUAAAUUUCCUCAAAAUGAAGGCCUAUAAAGGGAGCUCCCUGGUGGCCUAGUGGUUAGGAUUCUGGGCUUUCACUGCCGUGGCCCGAGUUCAAUCCUUCGUCAGGAAACUGAGAUCCCACAAGCCAUGCAGCGUGGCCAAAAAAAAAAUAUACUGAAAAAAAUUUAAGGCCUAUAAAGAAACGUAUGGGAUUGCAGUUUUGUUUUGUUUUGUUUUGUUUUUGCGGUACGCGGGCCUCUCACUGUUGUGGGCUCUCCCAUUGCGGAGCACAAGCUCUGGACGCGCAGGCUCAGCGGCCAUGGCUCACGGGCCCAGCCGCUCCGCGGCACGUGGGAUCUUCCCGGACCGGGGCACGAACCCGUGUCCCCUGCAUUGGCAGGCGGACUCUCAACCACUGCGCCACCAGGGAAGCCCGAAUUGCAGUUUUUAAAGUAUAUUCAACAGCCUAGAUAAGGUUUGUCCUGAAAUGAAACACAAGCGUCAUUUAUCACAUUGAUCAUCAUAUAGUAAAUAUUAGAAUAUACAAGAAUCAUAAUUUGAAGCUGUGAUAAUAUGUUCAUAAAUCUUCUGCUCAGUUCUGAUCAUAAGUAUUUUCAUUUUAAAAAUAUCAAUUUUGGGGGCAAUAAAUUUGAAUUCUUAGAUUAUUUUCUAAUGUUCAAGGCAUGUACUACCUGUGUCCAUAGGAAAAAUAAAAUAUUCAAAACUUGAAUAAAUGAUAUUAUAUUUACAUAUAUUUUUUCAAGAAUAAUAUUGGUCAAUAGCAGGAUUUGGAAUUUUCAAACUGUUACUAUUUCUUUUAGCUUAAAAGUUUUUUUCAACUUCCAUGUCUGGGUAAUGUGAUCUAUCUACAACAAAAAGCAGUUUAAUAUACUAUUAAUUUAGAGUCAGUUUCUAAAAGGAGAAUGACAGAUCCCCAACAUUUGUGGCCCUAGAGUCUAGAAGAAUUUCCGGCACAUAGUAUGUGCUCAACUGUUUACUGAAUGAGAGACAGUCGAAUCCAAAAAUGUUAAAUCUGUGAUUGCUAGUUGUAUACUUAAAACUCUAAAGCAUGCAACUCCCAUGUCUCCAGCUCUGCCCUGUUUUUAGAUAAAAAUUAGGUCAUAUCGUAUUAAUACCUGAAUCUUCCCUUCCCGCAAAAAGUCCUCCCUCCAACUAGGUAUUUCAGAGAGGCCCAGGCAGGUAUGCACACACUCACAGAUCAGGGGCGGCUGCCCUCACUGUCUCUCUACUGGCUCAACCAGACAAUCGCUGCUUCAAGCACUCUGCCUGAGCGUCUGGUACCCACCCCACCAGGUGUGCUCUGGGCACAUUCUCGUUGCCAUGGACCCAGCCUCUCAUGGAUAGCACAGCACGGCCCGCCCGCCUGGGGCCGGAGCCAGGAGGAUGCCUCCUCUCCCAUUUGUUACGUCCAGUUAGAGGGACCCCACAGCAGAGCCUUGGGGCUUUAACUUUUAAAUAUUUAGUGAGAAAUCUUGGAGUUCACCACCCCCCAAAUGAACAUUCUUUUAUGUAGAUCUUUGUACUCUUAAGCAAUUAUUUCCUCAGAAUAAGUCUCUGGGUUGAACUACAUGUCCUCUUUUUUUUUUUUUCUUUUUUUCCCCAGGGCAUUUUUUGGGACAUUUUUUUUUCAGGAAUGUGGAUUGCCAAACGAUCUGGAGAGGUUGUGCCAGUUUACCCUCCCACCAGAAACUUAGGUUGAUUUCCUAAUGCUUUUAUCAGCAAUCAUUACAUCUUCCUUUUUAAUCAAUUCCCUUCAUCUUUUUUUUUAAUUACAGUUUACGCAAGCUUCUUAGAGAUGCAUGAAUAUCAAGUUUUAUAGAAAUACAUUUUGGAAACAUUUGAAUUAUGAAAAUUCCAAUUUCAUGUAGUACAAACUGAAGUAAAUACUAUUUGAAGCACUAUUUGAACUUGGUUAAUUUGCAUAACUGAUUUCCAGAACUAACUCACAGGGCAAGGCUAGGUAAACACUCUCUGGAGUUGGUUUUUGGUUAUUUACAAUGCUGGGUAGUGGACUAAAGGCCACCAUUAAGUAAACUGACUGUGGGUGCCUGAUUGCCUCGUUCCUUCUAAAAACUUCACAUACAGACAUUUAUUCCUGUUUCCAGAAUGAGGCCACCUAUAUAAAUAAUUUUCAUGUAACAGGAAUAUUAUGUAUUAACAUUUAUCUAUGAAAAAAGACAAAUUAGCUUUUUUUUCUUUUCCUAUUCUUAAUCUGAUGUUAAAUAAUAACUGUAGGACAGGCGGACUCUCAACCACUGCGCCACCAGGGAAGCCCUGUACCUCUUAAAUGAAAGGUCAAAACAGGGAUGGAUAUUCCUGGUAAGCAGGAGUCAUAAUUCAAGUCUAGAAGAAGGGAGUGAACAGAAUCAAAAGCACAGAUAAAGCUGAUAUUUUAUUUAUGAAACCUAAGAUGCCAUUGAUUGUAAAUGGCAGCAUUAUUUUGUGUAUUACUUAGAAAAACAUUAUGAUACACUGCUUUCUUAUCACCCAAAUAUUUUAUAUUUAUAGAAAGAACUAUUUUAGACUUAGAUAAAUAUUAUUAUCAUAUACCACUCAAUAACUCUUGUAAAUACAUUAAAAAGUAGAAUACUGGGACUUCCCUGGUGGCACAGUGGUUAAGAAUCCGCCUGCCAACGCGGGGGACACGGGUUCGAUCCCUGGUCUGGGAAGAUCCCACAUGCCGCAGAGCAGCUAAGCCCGUGAGCCACAACUACUGAAGCCCGCACACCUAGAGCCCGUUGCUCCACAACAAGAGAAGCCACGGCAAUGAGAGGCCCGCGCACCACAAGGAAGAGUAGCCCCCGCUCGCCUCAACUAGAGAAAGCCUGCGUGCAGCCGCAAACGCUCAACGCAGCUAAAAAUAAAAUAAAAUAAUUUUAAAAAAGCAAAAUACUGCAUUUCAGUGAGUCUAAGACGUUUUAAAAAUAUUUUUACAUUGCAGAAAUCAGUGAGUAUAUUGUAAUCAGUGUUGCCACAGCAAAGCAUCGUAGUUCAAUGUCUCUUUACUUUUAUAACAUAUAUAAGAAAUGUAGUCUUACAAUACAUGGCACCGUAGCUUCAAUGAAAGAUGAUGUGAACAAAAUACUUCGAUUAAUGCAUUCCUAAAACAUCUUCACACCCAGGGACGAUCUCUUUUGUAUCACUCUUUAACUGACAGUCAUCCAUGUCCAUGGUUUUCUAUACAAUUAUUAUUCCCCUCUGGCAUUAAAAUGCAACAUUUGUUAAAAGAGUCCUCGAGGGCUUCCCUGGUGGCGCAGUGACUGGGGGUCCGCCUGCCGAUGCGGGGGACGCGGGUUCGUGCCCCGGUCCGGGAGGAUCCCACAUGCCGCGGAGCGGCUGGGCCCGUGAGCCGUGGCCGCUGAGCCUGCGCGGCCGGAGCCUGUGCUCCACCACGGGAGAGGCCACGGCAGUGGUAGGCCCGCGUACCGCAAAAAAAAAAAAAAAAAAAAGAGUCCUCGAAAGAACUAAGCCUCGUUUGUUCCGGACUCUAAGCCAGGUGUACAAUUUAGUAGAACUACUUUAUUAUGUUGAUAAUUACAUGUGAUUCACCAAUGCCCCCAUCUCCUAACCAUGACCUUUUCGUUUGUACCCCUGAUCUUUUGGUUGACAGAGGAUAAAAGAUUGCACCAACUGCAGCCUUUGUGGAAAACAUUUUGGUGGUUUCUCAAAAGAUUAAUCAUAGGACUACAAUACAGUGCAGAAGGUCCACUCCUAGGUAUAUAUCCAGAAGACUUGAAAGUAGAGACUCAAACAAAUACUUGUACAGCAAAGCUCAUAGCAACAUCAUUCACAAUAGCCAAAAGACAGAAGCAACCCAAGUGCCCAUCAAGUGAAGAAUGGAUAAAGAAAAUGUAGUAGAUACAUACAAUGAAACACUAUUCAGCCAUAAAAAGAAAUGCAAUUUUGAUAUUUGCUACAACAUGAAUGGACCUUGAAAACAUUAUGUUACAUGGGCUGGCAGGGAGAAGAGUUAUUGUUUACUGAGUACAGAGUUUUGGUUGAGGGUAAUGAAAAAGUUUGAAGAAGAGGUAGUGGUGAAUACCUUGUGAGUGUAUUUAAUGCCACCUAAUCGUACACUUAUGAAUGAUUGAACUGAUACAUAUUUUCUUAUGUAUAUUUUUCCACACACAAAAAAGUUUGCACCACUAUUUUAUCUUCAGAUUGCUUCCACGUCAUGCACACUCCCUCUGUAAGUCUUCAUGCUUGCCUUUUUGCGGUGUGCAGGCAACAUCUACUGUGUCACAACUGUGGUCUGGACAAUAGCAAUUGUAAGAAGCCAUUUACAUGUAUCCCAAAUUCAGAGAUGAAAAAUGUGGAAAAAUGUGUGCCUCAGAAGGAAUGAAAUGAGGGUCAGGGACUUGGGCUAGAAUUAGGUGUCGGUAUUUAAGGUCACUAGGACAGUAAUCAGAAGAGACUACAUGUGAUCCUGAGAUAAAUUCACUUGGCGACGUGGGUAGCAAAGUAGCAGACACAAAAUUAGCUGAUUUAAAUUAGUAAUCAGUUCAAUUAGAACUCAGUGCCAGAGUCACAAAGCAAAGAAUGUGUGUGAGCAUUUUGGCACGUUGAAGCAAAAAACUUAAUAAUAAUGACAUAUAAUCUACAUAAGUAUAUAUUAAAUAUAUGUGAUACACGUAAUGAACCUGACAAUGAACAGAUCUUGAACAAACAUAAGGAUGCUCUUUUGAUACCCUGCAUCUGUAGUUACUACAACACACUUUCACCUAUAUUAUUUCAUUUGACUUGACCGUUGCAACAUCCCAAUGAGGUAAUCAAAGGAACCCCUUUCAGAGAGGAGCCAGGCGCUUCCUCAGAGUCACGUCUGCUGCCAAACAGAAUCAGGGUCCAACUCUGGCUUUCUGACUCCAAAGCCCAGGUCCUUUUCCCUCACCACAGGAAUGGACCAGUAAGUACCCAGUUUACACCCUCAGUCCACAGUCCACAGACGUGGGGAUACUUGAUUGAGGGGGAAGCUAGGUCCUUCUGGGACAUUCCCUGUUCUGCAACAGGUGUAUAAUACAAAUCUUUCCCCCAGAUCAAGCCCAGAGGGACCUGAAGCUAUCUAUCAGAGUAACAGAGCAGUGGAGAAAAAGGACCACGGUGAGCUUCUAAGCGCUCCCAGAUAUUAUGAAGCUAAUCCCCAGAGCCCCAAAAUACCUCUAUGGUUUCCAUCAGAAUGAGGCUUAUGGAGAUAAGUGAUAGAUGAAGUCUUGACCUGAGUUUAUCUUAGUGAAUCUGAUGGGAUAGAAGACUGAUCCUAUGGUCAUUUCCUCACUCGCAGAAUAGAUAAUGGGAAUAAGCAUAUUUGGUAUCUGGUCAUAUCGGUCAUGACCCAUGCAGUACGUGCUAUUUUAGUAGAAAGAGCCAAAAAGAAUCCCUCAAAACGGACCACCUUGCUCUCUCUCUCCACCCACCCCCAACGCCAAUCUCCCGUAUUAUCUCCAAGGUAGUAACCCAGAAGCAGGACCACAUCCCUAGGUAACUGCAGAAAUUGGGGCUAUUUAACUUGCUCCUUCAGUUAGCAAAAGCCAAAUGGUUCUUAGAAGGUGACUGUGAAUUAUUACAAACGUGAGCAGGUGGUGAUGCCAGUUAUAGCUGAGGUUCCAAGAUGUGGUUUCUUGACAGGAGCAAAUAAACAUUGUGCUAUUGACCUAAGAAAAAGGGCUCUCCAGGCCCCUAUCAGUGAAGAUAAUCAGAAGCAAGUUGCCUUUAGGCAGCUGGGAUCCAGCUCUUACCCGGGGCUGUGCAAACUCUCUUGCUUUCUUACUCCAUCCAGACAACUUGAUUGUCUUAAUAUGCCACACUGGUUGGUCAGACAGGGUUCUGACCAGAAACAGAUGGCACACUCAAAUUGGAUAAUUUAGGAUAUAGUUUAACAAAGGGACUAUGUACAACAGUGAAGAGGUGGAAAACAAAGUCAUUACCACCCUCAGGUUUGGUACUGGUCCACCCAAAAUUCACGUCCUUCCCAGAACUCAGACCGUGACCUUAUCUGGAAAUAGGAGGAGCGGACAAAUAAACUCCUGUAUUAAAUUGGUCGCGUAACCCCACAGAAAACAGCAUUUCUUAAGUGAAUUUAAGGCGCAAGUAUUUUGACUGUAUAUCCCUAAUAAGAUAUAGUUGGAAAAAUAAAAAAAGGUUUUUAUUAUUCAUCUUUAUUCAUUUUAUCCUGUACACACAAGGUGUUUUGGGUCAGAAACAGAGUUCUUACUAAAUAUUUACAGUAAAUUAAGUGGGUUGGUUCCCCUUGUCCCAUUCCUUGACCCCAGGGCAACUUGAUGAAUACUAAAGGAUAAUUUUCCUACAUGACUGGCCAAACACCCCUACUAAGGAGUGUUGAGGAAAAAUGAUUUAUCUUUGCAUAAAAGGAGGCUGUCCUCCACCCCUCCUAAAAGGGUCUCCUCCUUAGACCUCCAGACCUUUGGUAUGUAUAUAAAAUCUCCCCAGGAGCCAAAGAGAUCUACUCCCUUUGAUUCUCAGCUUCUACUAUUUAGAGCUGUCUCCUCAUUCUGGGAUAGCCAUUCCAGUCUUCCUGGCACUGUGGGGACUUAACCUAGGGACUGAGAUGUGGUCAUCUGGCUUUCUCCAGGAGAUUAGAGAAGUCUUCCUAUCCUUUCAGGUCAGAGCAAUUAACUAGACACACUGCUACAUAAUCUAAUCCUCAUGGUAUGUAAAGAUGUUUCUGUGAGCCUAGGUCUUUUCAUAGAAACACUAAGCAAUCCAGGCAAGUUUAAUUUCCCCACAGACAUAUCCUAAGGACAAAAAGGACCACAAGGAAAUCUUUAACAGCAUUCAGUGAUCUUAUUUCUUAACAGUAUUAUUGAUACUGCUAAUUUUAAACUUUUACAUGUAAAUUAUAUGAUUAAAACAUCUAAGUAUGUCAAUAUCAGUAAGGGGUAAGAUAUCCAGUGUAAAGGGAACAGGGUUACAAAUAUAAAAUCAAAGGUCAGUAACACCAUGGCAAGUUUCAGUUUGGGAAAAAUAGGUCUGGACUCAUGAAGCAUCUUCUGCUUUAAAACAAUGCACUUUCUGCUUCUGUUCACUAAAGACACCUAGAAACCAAGACACUCCAGUAGAAAUGAGCAAGAAUGCGAGCGCCUUUGUGCCUGUCCAAUCACCAUCUGCCCCCCAUGGGGACCCACGUUUCUAAUACACAGUAGUUCUGCCAGGUUUUAUGCUUGUUAUCGAUGGAACAAUCCAGCAUGAACUCUUUAGUGCCUGCCUUCUCUAACUGUACCUAUGUUUGUGAGAUGCAUCCACGCUGUGUGUGGUUGGUUUGUUCAUUCUCAUUAUAUAGAGUGCUUGAGUGUCUGAAUAUACCAAAAUUUAUUCAUCCCCCCUAUUGUUGAUGGACAGUUUCGAGAAAUGGAAUAUUUCCUGCCAUAUCAAUAAGCAAAGGAUUUCACAGUCAUCAGCAAUUGCAGCCCUCCAACGUGAGUCUGUGAGCUCUGAGGAAACUCCGGAAGGAAAGAAUACCUGCCAUCUAGCAGCCAUCAGACUGCAGCCACUCCCUACGGUGAGCCCUGAGGAAACCUAGGAUGUGAAAAUACAGGAUACUGACCCCAGAUAGCUGAGGUGCAUAUCAAAGGAAGGAUUUCAGUGAGACCAGAAUCUUGCGUCUUCCCACACAUAGAAAAGCGCUAAAUUCCUAAACUUGGGAUAUCUGGUUUUCUUUAAUUUACAACAAUCUUUUGAUGUUCCCAACGACCUGCCCUUUGUUGCAAAACUUCUGUAUAACCUGACUCCCCAGUCGCCUUGUCUCCUCGGAGAGUUUUCUCCGGGUUACUUGAGAUGCUGCCUCCUGGGCUUGAUGUCCUAAAAAUUCCCUCCAAAUGAAAUAUAACUCUCAAAUUUUAGGUUGUGAAUAAUUUUUUAAGUCCACAGUUUCAUUGCUUCCAACUUGGGAUACAACAAAUAGAGCUCCUACAAACAUUUUUUCACAUUUUUUUUUGUUGAACAUAUGGUACUCUUUGUUGAAUAUAUGUAUUCUACAUAUAUAGACACAUUUUGUUACACCCAUGUUAUACAUAUGAAUAUAUGUGCAUAUACAUAGAGUGAAAGUGCUGGUCAUAAGGCAUGAAUAUUUUCAGCUUUAGUAAAUAUUGCCAACCAGUUAAUGAGAACAGUCAAGCAUUUAUCUUACCUUUCCCAUAAAAACUAAAUUUCAAGUUAACGAAAUAGUUGAUAACGGCAAGCUCCUAUUCACAGAAAGAUUCUUUCUAAUAAAUUAGGAGAGAAUGGUAAGAUAGAAAAUGACCAUUUUGCAAUCCCUAAUAAAGUAAUGGACCUAAGCACAGAUUGUCAUCAGCAAAUGCAAAACCACUGGGUAAAAGGGAAACGGAAAACUUUAAAAUGGAUGGAUUGGGGUGACAGCAUCUAAACCAGCUAAUCAAUCAGUACCGUAAACCAAAUGGACCACACAGAUAUUAUGCAAAGAAGAUGCAAAGAUCCAAGGAAGAGUCACCUCAUGAAAUAGACUUCCCAGAGUAAGACUACCUAAAUCUAAUCAAACAUCUAGAUCUACUUAUUGUAAACCCAUCUAACACUGUUCAGAAUAGAGUAGCGCCUGUCAAGGGCCACUAUCAAGUCUCUUUCAGACAUCUAAGGACUGGAAAAUUACUGAAGACAAAAAGUUACAGAUUCUCAGCACAUCCUGUAGAAGCACAGCCAGCGCAGAUACAGCUGUGGACCAGAACAGAUGUGAACCACCCCUCCUUGCUGCACCUUGCUCUUUGAAACCCAAUAAAAGACUCAAAGCCCCACCAUUUGGGGUCAACGCCACUCCGUGCGUCUGGCCCCUUUCCUCCCUUGGAAAGUGAAUAAAAACUUUCUUUUCUUCCCUUGUUAAUACUUCUGUGAAUUCUUUCACAACCCGCAUGGACUCACCUAACACUUAUCAUAAGAAAUGCAGGGCAAAGAGGAACAAUUCAAUGAUACCACAAAAAAGCAAUCCACCACAUCUAGAAUGUGGUAAAUCCUAAGGAAUAUUGACCUGGUUACUCCAACAAAGUAUUUAAUUUUUUUUAAAAAAAAGAGGAGAGCUACUUUUUACACUUAGGCCAACCAACCAAAUGAAGUGUGUGCAUUUAGGUGUAUCCUAAUUUGAAUAGAUUAAAAGGGAUAUUUUUGAGACAAGCAGGGGAAUUUGAAUAUAGACCAGGUAUUAGAUGAUAUUGGGGAAUUGUUGCUAAUUUUUUUAGGUGUGAAAAAUGGUAUUUUGAUAAUGUAAUAGAAAGAAAAAAAAUGCACAUUUAAGUAUUUACCAGGAAAAUGAUCCUUUAAAAUGUAGGUAAUAUUUAAAAUGUUACAGUUUAUUAAAAAAGCAGAGGAGGGCUUCCCUGGUGGUGCAAUGAUUAAGAACCCACCUGCCAAUGCAAGGGACACGGAUUCGAGCCCUGGUCCGGGAAGAUCCCACAUGCCGUGAAGCAACUAAUCCUGUGCGCCACAACUACUGAGGCUGCUCAGCCCCUGCUCGCCACAACUAGAGAAAGCCCGCGUGCAGCAACAAAGACCCAACGCAGCCAAAAAUAUCAAUCAAUCAAUAAAUCAAAGCAGAGGAGACCGAUAAAACAAGACUGGCAAAAUCUCAUUGAUUGCUGCAGCAGCCUGUUCAUUAGUGUUCACUAGUAGUCUCUUUCUGUUUAAAAUUUUCCGCCAUAAACAUUACUUUAUAAUUUUUAAAAUAAAUUUACAUCAUUCCAAGUGAUGUAGGAUAAAAUUGUGCUUCAGGGGAAAACUGUGCACUGUAUGGACUCCAGAGCACUCCCUCUGAAUUAUCUGAUUCUAUUUCACAACACCAUAAAUUAUAGCUCACUGAUGGCAAUGACAGCUACCUAAAAGCAUGCAAAUUCUGCCCUACCUGGUAGAGUUUCAAUUGGCCUCCUCCCUUCACGGUGGAAGAAGUUAGUUUUGUCUCCAUGUGCACAUUCAUUUCAACAUCCUUUAUUCCAUGUAAAUGUGUGCUAUUUUGAUUUCUCCUUUGAGCCUCAUAACAUCUGCCUGGUUCCCUGCUUACAAGUUAA